AAAGACAACUCAACAUUUGAGUUUGUGAAAACAAAACAAAAGAAACAAAAGCAAAGAAAAAACCAAACUCUCUUUAAUACCUCCUCUUCUUCAAUCACCUCUAUCAAGAAAAAUCUUCAACAAAAUCAUCCAUCACUAUUCAGUUCUUGUCGUUUUGAUUCGUAGUAGAAAAAAUAACUCUCAUUACCAAUGUUGCUAAGAAGUUCUAUUACUACUACCAAGAAGUUCUUCAAAACCACAUUAAAGAACUUCAAGUCAUUCUUCUCAUCCGGCUACCAAAAGCUUCCAAAAAGCACUUCUCCUUAUAAUCAAUUAUCUUACUGUGAGGCUUCAAAUCAUGUCAUGGACAUAGACAUGAACAUGAACAAUGACAAUAAAAAUGGUAGUUAUACCAAGUUGUCUAAUGCAAGUCCUUCCAAGGAGAAAAACCAAGUGAAGAAAAGAGAGGUUUUUGACAAGAAAAACAAUGAAAAGAGAUUGACCCUUCAAGGAGAAAAGCAAAAAGAUUCAUCAUUUAUUUCUAAGGCUAUGAAAGAGAGAAGAUAUUGCAUGGUGGAAAAGAAGUUAAGGGAAUUGGAGAUGUUGGAUAUGAGCAAUGAAGAGUAUGUGAUGGAUAUUGAAGAAGUUCUUUAUUACUAUUCAAAACUUACUUCUCCUGCUUAUCUUGAAAUUGUGGAUAGAUUCUUCAUGGAAAUGUACUCAGAUUAGUGUGUGAGAGGUUUUGAUUUUUCACCAUCGGUUUAGUCUGAUUUGAGGUCAGUUUUGACAUCAUAUCGAAUCGUGAUUUUUUCUAUCAAAUCUAUCGUCAAUUAUCAUUGAAUCAACUAACGAUUGAGGUGUGAGGUUUUGAUUUUGUUUAUGCUAAUUUCUUAACUUGUUUGUUAGAUAGAGUCUAUGAUCAUUUAAUUUUUUAUUUUUUUUUUGAGUUGAUUAUCAUUGAUUUGAUAUUUGUGGAUAAUAAUUAAUUGAUGUUUUUGUUUGGUGUGUCUAAACAAUUGUGAUUUAUGGUUUAUAUGUGAAGUUCAUUUAUUUCAUUGAUGAAUGUAUGGAUUUGGAUAAAGAUUCAGAAUACUUUUUGGAAGUUGCAAAUGUUGAACUAUAAUA